AUCAUCGUCGGCCACACUGGUAUCUCUUCUGCACGUUUAAAAACAUGGAAAUUGAUUUAGGUUUUGCCGAGAAACGGGAUAAUAAUGCCUGGUUGAGCAACCGGUACUUCCCUAGCAAAUUGGGUGGACAACCCGCCUGGCUGGACCUGGAGGCACUCCCCCCAACAGCACAGCUGCAGUGCAGCAAGUGCAAGGCACCCAAAGUUUUCUUGGCCCAACUCUAUGCGCCCCACGAGGAGGAAUUCAGUUUUCAUCGUUCAAUUUAUAUUUUCGUGUGCCGGAAUGCAGACUGCCAGCAGGCACAUAAUGCAGAAAAUUUCACAGUGCUGAGGUCGCAGCUGCCGCGGAAAAACAAAUUCUUCUCGGAACAGGCGGCGGAAGAUGAUGGUGAACCUUUGCCCCCUAUACCCUGCCUGAAAAAAUUAUGUGAGGCCUGCGGCUGUUACGCUCCGCACGCCUGCAGCCGCUGCAAAAGCAUCUAUUAUUGUUCCUCUGAACAUCAGCGGGCACAUUGGUCCGCCCACAAGGCCAACUGCGGAUCAUCGAAGCCUGCGCUGCACAAGCCACUAAGCGCGAUAGAAUUUGAGGAAUUCGAGAUUGUGAUCGAGAGCAGUCCGACCAGGCCGGUGGAAGAAGACGACAAAGAUGACGACGCUCGUUUGGCAGAGUUUGAGGCGCUGCAGGCCAGCGGGAACACCGGCGACCUGAGCAACGUUUCCGAGGCGGAGAUGGACAAGUACUUUGGCAAUACAGCUGGUUCGGAUGACAAGACGUUUCGUCAAUUUAAGAAGCAAAUCGCUGAUGAGCCCGAGCAGAUUGUGCGCUACAAGCGCGGCGGAGAGCCUCUCUGGAUAACAAAUACAGCCGCCACUGUGGCUGAUCAACUGAAGACGCUGCCCAACUGCAGUCAGUGCGGCGGAGUUCGCCAGUUCGAGUUCCAGAUCAUGCCCCAGACCUUGGCGUUGCUCAAGGAAGAGUUGCUGGACUGGGGCGUACUGGCGGUCUACACCUGUGCCAAGAGCUGCCCCAUUAAGGGCUAUGUGGAGGAGCACAUAGUCAAGCAGGACGUUGUGUCGGAAGAGCAGCAUUGAUAUUAAACUCCAUAAAUACAUA